GAAGCGGGUGUGUCAGGGCGCGUGCGCAAACGUGGCCAGGGCGCCGGGGUGGUGGGUUACGCCUGGAGAGCGCAUGGGCAGACAAACUGUACGUCCGUUUGUCCGGAGCGGAGGGGAGAGUGGGCGCCAUCUUCUAGGCUCACGGAGGGCUCCACCUGUUCAGGGGAGGUUGCUGCGACAAGAAGUGUCCCCCACCCCCGGCGUUGUGUGUCCGAGUCAGCUGCAGUGCCUCCAUGUGGUGUUUUGUGUGCGCUUCCCAGUCUUCUUGAGUGAAGAUCUCGAAGGAUUUCAUAGGUAUAUUUUUCUUUGCUAUGUCAUCGUAGUCAGUGGUGGCAGAAAAGCGCUGAAGGCCCGGCUGGUUAGGCUUGAGAGGGGCCAAAGUGUUUCAGUUAGAUUUGAGGGCAGUUCCCCCUCUGACGAAUUAGCGUGGAAUGUGUGCCCUUGGGACGGCGUAACGGAAAGGCAUGGAGGUUGGGCGGUCUAGGUUAAUUUGAAGGCUGAAUUUGGCUGAAGGUCUGGCGACAGCAUCGGAUCUCACGUAGCAACUUUGGCCUGGCGCGAAAGAAGGAAGCUCUGAGCCCUGGGAGUGUGGACAAAGGCUUUGGGCUAUAGAAGCGCUGCCUUCGGAUGAUCCCCGUUUGAAAAUGAUGGAUGUGAUGGGAAAUCCUGUGCCAUGUGGAUUCGUCUUCGUUUACAGUUCCUGUUGGGGACUAUGGCUCUGUCUCGUCAUGCCUUUGAUUUUUAUUUUGACCAUCUACGUUUUAAAAGGAUGAAAGGCAGAUCAUCAUAAAGAAUAAUUGUGGACUGGGAUAGAUCAUUUUCUGUAGGGGAAACCCAUGCGUUUAUAAUUUGAAUGUGCUUCCUCAUAACAUUGGGUUUUAAGAAGUAGUCGCAGUUGUAUCUCCCUAACCAUGUCUAGAAAAUGACUUAAAAUCAAAUGGAUCUGAGAGAGUACCUAUUCAGGUUUAGCCUCCCUCGUGUUUCCUUCUCAAUCUUGUUUAGAAGGUGCACAUUUCAUAUUGUUUAGUGAUAAUGGUGAUCAAGUGGGAUGAAUCGUUGGAUAAAAUCAGCAAAAUUAUUUAAAAUGAGCUUAUUUAUUUCAGCGACUUGCCCUUAAAUGUGCUUUUAAGGACCCACUUCCUUUUCAUAGGUUAGAAGUUGUAACUGAUCACUGUCUUUAAAUCAACAGAGUCACGAAAAUACUUUUGUUGCCUUGCUAGGUAGAAAAAUUUUAAGUGGAGAGUACUUUUCCUGUGUUUUGAUUUGUGUGUAGUGUUCUUAGAAUUUGUGGGGAAUUUACUUAAGGAGAUAACAUGGGAACCACAGGAAAAGUGCUCAUUUUGAGAGCUGUUCUCUCUUGGUGAUCUCCUAGGUGUGUUAUUGUAAUGGGAAAAAUGGUACAUUAACCUACUCAAGGGCAAAAAAGUUUAAGUAUUAGUUAUAUUUAACUGGCAAAUUAGAAUAAUUUUUUUCUAUAGUCUGCUUGAAUUGGAAUUCAUGAGAUUUGAACUCAUGGAAUCACUUAGUUAAAAUAUUUUUAAGUUAGGGAGGAUAAAUUACUAGAAAUUUUUUGACUUUGACUUAUAAUUAUUCCUUUGAAAGGUCCCUGACUUUUUUGGUAGAUAUGUUUGUGUUCUCAAGGUAAAUCCCUUUUCAAUUUUUUAAAAAGUUUAGGAGGGACAAAAUUAUGUGUAUCUUACACUGCUUUCUAAAAUAUUUUAAAAGUAGAAAAGGAACUAAGUCGAUUUGCGUAGGAAGGAGUCUUGGAACUGUAGUGUGGACAGCGAGUCCAGAAGUCAUUUCUAGUUUUUGGUAAAAUGUUGGUGUGGAUAUUGGUUUGUGGAAGAAACUAAGCUUAUACUCUUUUUUUUUUUUGGUACCAUACAGAUUUUUUUUUUAAUUUUCUCUUUUUAGAGCAGUUUUUUCGGUUCAGAGCAAUAUUGAACAGAAGUUAGAGAGAUUUGCCAUAUGCCCUCUGCCCUGACACAUGUGCUGUGCAGAUAUGUUAAUAGUAAACUUCAUUAAUAUUUUUAAUACCAAUUUGGCAUUGAUAAUUGAGAUGUAGACUCUUCCAAAUAAUUUCUCACCGUUUAGCUUGUAGUUUAGGACGUUUACGGACCCUUUUUAAAGGAAAAUAAACCUUGCAUACCUAAAGAAUAUGUUUGCAGACCCCACUUGUGGAAGAGUGGUACUUAAGUGUAAGUACUAAAUGAAAGCAACAUUUAUUUGCACACUAAAAACAUACAUUUACAAUUAUUAACUUAGCAAGUGUUAAAAACUUAUUUACUAAGACUACGUUAUAUAUUGUUAGUUUGGGUAUCUCUGAAAGUAUUAGAUGUAAAUUUCCUUAAAAAAAUACUAAGUUGAGGUUUUUUUCAGUAGUUAACUCUGAUAAUCCCCAAACAUUCCAAAUUAAUCUAUUUUUACUAUUCUACUUUGUAUUUGGAUUUCUUCUGUAGAAUGCAGGACAGUUUUUUGAAAUGGAAAAAACUUAUUAGUAUAAUAAGAUUCUUUACUUAUUUGAACAUUUCUAAUUGGCUUCAGAUGAAUUUUAAUAGUAAUUGUUUUAGGAGUUUACGAUAAGCAGUAGUAGAGAUUUUUAUUUUUAGGGAUGUUUUAGUAUUUGCCUUAAUUAUAUUGGAGUCAGGAAGUUUGGUUCUGUGGAAGCAUGAACCGUAUAUAUAGAACUUAUCAUCACCAUUGAUUUAGGUUUAAAAAUUGAUUUUUGAAUUUGAAACAUUAUUACUGUGUUCAGUUAUUGUAUCGUUUUGAAUGGUUGCCUUAUUAAUUUGAUUUGAUCUUACAUUUUGAAAGGGAGGAGAAUUGCAAGAGUUGGACAUAGUAAUGAGCUAGGUGUUUGGUCUUUUCAUGAGCGGAAGUGAUAGAAAGUUUUUUGGGAAUUUUUGAUGUUUUUAAAUUGUUAUUUUACUUGUAGAACAGUUAUCUUUUUUAAAAAAAUGGAUGUAAAAUUUAUAUACAGUGAAAUGCACAGAACUUAAGAAUAGAAUUCAUUUAGCCUUGAUAAAUUUAUACAUUCACUUAACCAAUACUCCAAUCAAAAUAUCUAGCUUUUCCAUCACCCCUUUCCUCUUGCCACUUCCAAUCAAGGGCAAUGGUUUAAUUUUCAGAAGGUUUUUUGUUUUUUAAUUAAUUUGCAGAUGUCUGCUUGGAAUUUGUGCCUCCUUUUUGCUGAGGGAUGAUUAAUUUUCCUUUGGAACAAAGAAGACCAUUUUGUAAUGCCCAUAGUUGUGGUUCCUUAUGUUGCUUCACUUUUAGUAGGUACUUCUGAAGUGAAUAUCCUAAUCUGGCGUUGUUUAAGAUCAAUUACAGGGUCCAAGGAUUAAUUAUAUUUCAUUUUCUUUCCACAGUUAAGUUGCUUUUACAGAAUUAACAGGUCUUCAAGAAAUUUUUAAAAAGGUCAUUAUUGCUGUGGUUUGAGCUCAGCAUGGCUGUAGUCAUCCGUUUACUGGGGCUUCCUUUUAUUGCGGGGCCUGUGGAUAUUCGUCACUUCUUCACGGGAUUGACUAUUCCUGAUGGAGGAGUGCAUAUAAUUGGAGGGGAAAUUGGGGAGGCUUUUAUUAUUUUUGCAACAGAUGAAGAUGCAAGACGUGCCAUAAGUCGUUCAGGAGGGUUUAUCAAGGAUUCAUCUGUAGAGCUCUUUCUUAGUAGUAAGGCAGAAAUGCAGAAGACUAUAGAAAUGAAAAGAACUGAUCGCAUAGGAAGAGAGCGACCAGGAUCUGGGGCAUCAGGGGUUGGCAGCUUCUCUGAUUUUGUUGAGGCUAUUAAAGAAGAAGCAAGUAAUUCUGGAUAUGGCUCUCCGAUUAAUCAAGGUGCUGGGUUUCAUACUAAUGGUACAGGACAUGGUGAUUUAAGGCCAAGAAAGACACGACCGUUGAAGGCCGAGAAUCCUUACUUGUUUCUACGAGGUUUGCCUUACUUAGUAAAUGAAGAUGACGUACGUGUCUUUUUCUCUGGUUUGUGUGUGGAUGGAGUAAUUUUCUUAAAACAUCAUGAUGGCCGAAAUAAUGGUGAUGCCAUAGUAAAAUUUGCUUCAUGUAUUGAUGCUUCAGGAGGUCUUAAAUGUCAUAGAAGUUUUAUGGGUUCAAGAUUUAUAGAAGUAAUGCAAGGCUCAGAACAACAGUGGAUUGAGUUUGGUGGUAAAGCAGUUAAGGAGAGUGACGUUCCUAUGAGAACUGAAAAACAUUCUCCACCAAGAGGAAUUAAUGAUAGACAUUUUCGAAAACGAUCUCAUUCAAAAUCUCCCAGAAGAACACGUUCUCGUUCCCCUCUUGGAUUUUAUGUUCACUUAAAAAAUCUGUCUCUAAGUAUUAACAAAAGAGAUUUAAGAAAUUUCUUUAGAGAUACUGAUCUGACUAAUGAACAGAUUAGGUUUUUAUAUAAAGAUGAAAGAAGAACAAGAUAUGCCUUUGUGAUGUUCAAGACUCUGAAAGACUAUAACACUGCUCUGGGUUUACAUAAGACUGUUUUACAGUAUCGUCCAGUUCAUAUUGAUCCAGUUUCUAGAAAACAAAUGCUGAAGUUCAUUGAAUGUUAUGAAAAGAAAAGACCAGUGUCAAUAGAGAAAGACAGACUUGGACAUGUUUCACAAAAAUACUCUCAAGGAGGCUAUUCUGGCCAGAAACUGUGCAUAUAUAUAAGAAAUUUUCCAUUUGAUGUUACAAAAGUUGAAGUGCAAAAGUUCUUUGCAGACUUUUCUCUUGCUGAGGAUGACAUUUACUUGCUUUAUGAUGACAAAGGAGUUGGUCUGGGAGAAGCAUUGGUGAAAUUCAAAUCAGAAGAACAGGCCAUGAAAGCUGAACGUUUGAACCGACGAAGAUUCUUGGGGACAGAGGUAUUGUUAAGACUUAUAUCUGAGGCACAAAUGCAGGAGUUUGGUGUAAAUUUUUCCUUGAUGUCCAGUGAGAGAAUGCAAGACCAUUCACAGUCAUGUGAGAGAGAUGAUCAUUCCCAUUCAUUUGAUUCAAAUGAUCCACCAGUAUACUUAGUUGGCCCUUCUGAAAACUUCAGGCAUCAGGAAGAGGACUUGAGGCAACUGGACAAUUUCAGACAUCCCCAGGGGGAUUUCCGACAGCCUGAUAGGCACCCUCCAGAAGACUUUAGGCAUUCCCCAGAGGACUUCAGGUGCUCCCCGGAAGACUUCAGGCGCCCUCGCGAGGAGCACUUCAGGCAGCCUCCUGAGGAGGACUUCAGGUGCCCUUGGGAGGAGGACUUCAGAUACCCUCAGGAGGAGGACUUGAGGCACCCUAGGGAGGAGGACUGGAGGCGGCCACCUGAGGAGGAUUUCAGGCGGCCUCCCAAGGAGGACUUCAGGCGACUCCCUGAGGAGGACUGGAGGCGGCCCCCAGAGGGAGACUUCAGGCAACUACCUGAGGAUUGGAGGCGGCCUCCUGAGGGGGACUUCAGGCGGCUUCCCCCAGGGGAAUGGAGGAGACCACCUGAGGAGGAUUUCAGGUGGCCCCCUGAAGAGGAUUUCAGGCGACUUCCAGAGGAAGACUUCAGGCGACCUCCUGAGGAAGACUUCAGGUAUUCUCCUGAGGAGGAUUUCAGGCGUUCUCCUGAGGAGGACUUCAGGCGGCCACCCCAGGAACACCUCAGGCGGCCACCCCCAGAAUACCUCAAGCGGCCACCGCAGGAGCACUUCCGGCGGCCACCACAGGAGCACUUCCGGCGGCCAUCCCAGGAGCACUUCAGGCGGCCACCUCAGGAGCAUUUCAGGCGGCCACCCCAGGAGCACUUCAGGCGUCCCCGAGAGGAAGAUUUCAGGCACCUACCGAAUGAAGAUUUCAGGGGCCCUCCCGAUGAAGACUUUAGACACCCUCCUGAUGAGGACUUCAGGAGCCCCCCGGAGGAAGAUUUUAGGUGUCCUGAUGAGGACUUCAGGCGGCUCCCAGAGGAAGACUUCAGGGAAGGUCCAGAGGAGGACCCUAGACUUCCUGACAAUUUUAGACCUCCUGGUGACGAUUUUAGGAGCCCACCUGAUCAUUUUAGAAGUCAUCGCCCUUUUGUGAAUUUUGGUCGCCCAGAGGGUGGCAAGUUUGAUUUUGCAAAGCGUAAUAUGGGAAGUUUUCCUGAGGGGAGGUUUAUGCCUGAUCCAAAAUUAAAUUGUAGUUCAGGUAGAGUAACGCCUAUUAAGAUAAUGAAUCUUCCAUUUAAAGCUAAUGUUAAUGAGAUUCUAGACUUUUUCCAUGGUUAUAGAAUCAUUCCUGAUUCAGUUUCAAUACAGUAUAAUGAGCAAGGAUUACCUACAGGGGAAGCCAUUGUUGCUAUGAUAAACUAUAAUGAAGCUGUGGCUGCUAUUAAAGACCUAAAUGAUAGGCCAGUUGGUCCACGCAAAGUUAAGUUAAUUUUGCUCUAAAGAGCAUUUCUAAAUUCAGAGUUACCUCCCCACAGUAUUGAUGCAGCAAAUGCAGUUAUGGUUUUUUUAAAGUGUUUAUUUUUAAUUAUCUAGUGAAAAAUAUUUUAAUUUUGACCUGUGAAUAGAACAAAUGUAAAUAGAGUGUGAAUCUGGUUUUCUUUUGCUUGCAAAUUGCCGUUCACUUUUUCUAAUUUAAAAUUAUAUAUGCCUUUUUUUUUUGGGACAGUGGGAGAACUAAUUCCCUGAGUGCAUUAAUUUUUGUUGCUGUCCUGGGUAAACCUCAAGACUUGUAUAAAGUAGAGCUGUAUUUGGGGAAGAUAAAUUUUAUAUUCACUUUUGUUCCCAUUCUGUAGUCUACAUCUUCUACUCACACUGUAUAAGGAAAUGGUCAGUGACUGAUUGUUCAGGUUUAGCAUUUUCAUUGCUAACUGCCUGCAAAAUUAAUGCCCUCUUCUUUGUCUGAGAUAUUACUGUGUUAAGCCUCCCAUUAAUAAUAAAUAGUUCAAAAUGGACAGACUGUGAACUUGAAGUUUACGCAUGUAAAAACCUUAGGGGAUUCUUAAGUUUCCAUGUGCAUAACUUUGGAAAGUUUUAUAAAAAUAAAAAAAUUGCAACUGAAUA